AUGGUCAACGCUCCCGAAGCGACGAGCCAGCAGGGCAGUAUGAGCGUCCCUACGUCAGUCGGACAAGCUCCUAUCCUGCCUGAUCAGAUGUCACCCGCCACAUCGACUGAGCCGGCCACAGCAGCAGCAGCAUCUCAGACCGGCAGCGCCAGUGCUGCUGCUAGUGCCCUACCGCCGGACACUGUUGCCUUUGCGAGCAGACUGUUUGAGUGCGCACGCAAUGGCGAUCCGGAUGGACUGCUCAAGGCUGCACUCACGCAAGGAUCGAUAAGCAAUUUAAGGAAUGCCAAGGGGGAUAGCUUUGUCAUGUUGGCCUGCUACCAUGGCCAUGUCGAUCUCGCUCGAGCCGUCUUGCAAGCAGGCGGCGACCCCAAUAUACUCAACGAUCGUGGUCAGAGUCCCCUGGCAGGCGCGAUCUUCAAGAACGAGAAUGAGAUCGUCGACUUGCUCAUCGAGCAUGGCGCAGACCCAUACGCGGGCACGCCGACUGCAGAGGAGACUGCUCGCUUGUUCGGCAAGACAGAUCUGCUCGAGCGACUGAGGAACGGUCGAGGGAGACCUGCCUGGGCAGCGCCUGUAGGGCCAGGGACUGCGACCAGCGACACGCCAGCGGAAGAGCCGGCAGAGAUAGGACCUGGCGCAUACGGCGGUGUCGUCGAGGCCAGAAGGCGCGAGCAGGCAGCACAGCAAGCUAACAGGCUGCGCGAUGCAGCAAGUCAACAGCUACAGGAGUCAUGA